UAACAAAUGGGGAAUGCAUUUUGGAGCAGCAGCGUUGUGAUGGAUUUAUUCAUUGCUCGGACGGUUCAGAUGAGAGAGACUGUCCAAUGGUCCGACCCGGAGAAAUCAAUCUCAGAGUUUAUCCAACAGAGCAAACAAUAAAGGAAGGUCGUGAAGUCGUCUUCCAGUGCCGUGAUGAAGGAACUCUGCGUGCCCGAGUUGCCUGGAGAAGAGGGAACGGAUUGGGUCUCCCAUACGGUACUAGAGAUGUUAACGGAAGAUUGGAGAUGCCAAAUAUCAAGAUGAUGGAUACCGGAACCUACGUCUGCUACGCUCUAGAGUACUCAGCAGAGCUCUCCGUUUACCUCAGGGUAGAGCAAGCUGUGAUUCCCACUACGCGUCCCCCCACAUCAUGUCAGCUGUAUCAGGCGACUUGUAACAAUGGAGACUGCAUUGAUAGAUCUCAGGUUUGCAAUGGAGUUAUUGAUUGUGCUGACGGUUCUGAUGAAUCUGGCUGCAGAGCCUCUAACGAGUGUGAACCUAACGAGUAUCAGUGUGAGAAUAAGAAAUGUGUUCUGAAAACCUGGAGAUGUGAUGGUGAUGAUGAUUGCGGAGAUGGGACGGAUGAGCAGAACUGUCAGGAGACUGAUCCGUCCAACCCUUGCAGGUUCUACGAAUGUUCUGUUUAGGUUCUACGAAUGUUC